AUGGCAUUUAUUAAAGAGGAGAGUGAAGAUGUGAAGAUUGAAGAAACAUUCACAGUCAAACAGAAAGAUCUGCAGGAACAAACAGACCUGAUUGAAGAGAAUGAGGGGAGUAAAGAGGAGAAACAUGUCAAAAUUAAGGAAAAAACUCCUUUACAGACUGAUGGUAUUUUAAAAAGGAGAGACAAGAAUCAUUUUACCUGCUCUCAGUGUGGAAAGAGUUUUGCAAUCAAAAGCAGUCUUAAGAUUCACAUGAUGAUCCACACUGGAGAGAAACCAUUCACAUGCACUCAGUGUGGAAAGAGUUUCAGCUACUCCUCACACCUUAAUCACCAUAUAAGAAUCCACACUGGAGAGAAACCAUUCACAUGCACUCAGUGUGGGAAGAGUUUCGGCUGCUGUACAAACCUUUAUCAACACAUGAUGAUCCACACUGGAGAGAAACCAUUCACAUGCACUCAGUGUGGGAAGAGUUUCAGCCAAUCAUCACACCUUAAUCUACACAUGAGGAUCCACACUGGAGAGAAACCAUUCACAUGCACUCGGUGUGGGAAGAGUUUUACCUGCUCAUCACACCUUAAUCUACACAUGAGGAUCCACACUGGAGAGAAACCCUUCACAUGCACUCGGUGUGGGAAGAGUUUUAACUGCUCAUCCUCCCUUAAUCGACACAUGAGGAUCCACACUGGAGAGAAACCAUUCACUUGCACUCAAUGUGGGAAGAGUUUCAGCCAAUCAUCACACCUUAAUUAUCACAUGAUGAUCCACACCGGAGAGAAACCAUUCACAUGCACUCAGUGUGGAAAGAGUUUCAGCCGCUCAUCAUCCCUUAGUCAACACAUGAGGAUCCACACUGGAGAGAAACCAUUCACAUGCACUAAGUGUGGGAAGAGAUUCAACUGCCCAUCACACCUUAAUCUACACAUGAGGAACCACACUGAAGAGAAACUAUUGACAUGCACUCAGUGUGGGAAGAAUUUCAGCCAACCAUCACUCCUUUAUCUACACAUGAUAAACCACAAUGGAGAAAAACCCACAGCUUCGGUGUGGGAUGAGUUUCAGCAACUCCUCAGACCUUAAUAAACACAUGAAGACCCACACUGGAGAUAAACCAUUCACAUGCACUUGGUGUGGGAAAAGUAUCAACCAAUCAGUAAACCCUAAUGAACACAUAAAGAUCCACACAGGUGUGAAAGAGUAUUUGUGCUUUGAGUGUGAGAAGACUUUUAUUACAGUUCUAAAAUUAAAGCUGCAUCAGACGUUUCACACUGGAGAGUAGUGAUGGGAAGUUCAGAUCAUUUUACUGACUCGGAUCUUUGAGUCUUGUUCAUUAAGAUGAACGAAUCUUUUUUCGAGUCAUUUCGUUCAUUUGGUUCAAUUUGCCAAAAUAUUAUUAAAAUGUUACGAAUUGCUUCCAAAGACAUCUACAACUAGCCCAAAAAGUUGAUUGCACGUCAAAUAAGUCAUAAACCGAAUAUAAGGAGAAAAUAAUUCAAUGUUUACCUGCUCUUUUGUCUAUGAAGGCAUUUUUGUCUCUUUGCUCAGCUCACCUUUUCAUGUCUCCAAAUGUCAGGGGUUCAUUCACGUUACACUGACAGUCACAUAUAAGCCGAUAGGAGCCAUGAUCGUUCGUUCAUCACGUGACAGAAUGACUCAAACCCGAGGACUCGAAAGAUAAACAGAUCAAUUCUUUUUCCGACUCUAAAAGUGCAUGAUUGGCCUGUGAUGAACGAGUGACUCAGACCCGAUAGAGGACUCGAGAGGUGAGUGGAUUAAUUAUUUUUCCGGCUCUAAUUGCAUAUGAUUUGUUUCUGCCAAUGUGAUGGAAGACUUGAAAUUAACGAUACUACCUGCACAAAUGUGCGCACGCACGGAUGAACGAAUCACUCCCUGAGAGGACUCGUAGUUCCCGAGUCAUAUUGAAGAUUCCUUCAAAAUGAACGAAUCUUUCAUGAAUGACCCAUCACUACUGGAGAGACCAUACAAGUGUUCACACUGUGACAAGAGGUUUAAUCAGUUACCACAUCUGAAAACACAAAAGAGGAUUCACACUGGAGAGAAACCGUACAGAACUGUUAAGUGUCUACAGAAUUAGACAAAAAGUUUCACACAUGACAUGAAUGCAGCAACACAUUUUCUCGUGUGUAAAGGAUAUUUCAUGUCUGAAUAAUAUUGAAAAGGCUAAAUGAUGGUAUACUGUUUUCCAACACUUCAGUAUGUGGGGUUGUAAAUGUUUAAACAUCAUUAAACACAAUGAUGGCGGCUUAGAGUUUCAAAAACGGCGGCUUAACAGUUUCAAAAACAUCUGGCAAGCAGUACCUCUGUGGCUUAAAAUCUUAUUGCUAGGGAUUUUACUGGUGCGAUUACAUCUGUUUGAUGAUGUUCUCUGUCUGAGUCUCUGAAUGAGAAACAUCACUGGGAAGACACAGCACAUCAAAGAAGGUAGAGCUCCAGGACGGUUAGUUUGCAGUAUACCAGGGCCUCAAGUUUAGAAAGCCCAUUCUAUUGGACUGUGUUGCAGCUUUUAUUAAUAAAGUUUUUUCCCCUUCGGAUGGGGAACUUUAA